GGAUGAUGAAUGUAUUGAAACCUGCAGAUCUACCGGGGCUGCAGUGGGGAGAGGAGCGGAGGGACCAACAGGGAUCAUGUCAGCAUCUGGGGUACCCCCUCCAGGUAGCAACCGCAGGCUUCUACAGACCCAAGCACAAGUAAAUGAGGUAGUGGAUAUCAUGCGGGUGAAUGUGGACAAGGUGUUGGAUCGCGAUCAGAAGCUGGCAGAGUUGGACGACCGAGCAGAUGCUCUCCAAGCUGGAGCCUCCCAGUUUGAGACCAGUGCAGCCAAACUGAAGAGGAAGAACUGGUGGAAAAACUGCAAGAUGAUGAUUAUCAUGGGAGUGUUGUGUGCAAUAAUAUUCAUCAUUUUCAUCAUUUAUUUCUUCACCUGACCUUGGUGGUCCUUUCUCUCAUCUUCUUGUUUUUUCCAUGUUUUUGUUGUUCUUGUGUUUUCUCACCAUUCCCCGAGCUCCUGUCAGCAGUUUCAUGCCAAGAUUCCAGGUGACUGAACAUCUAAUAGCAGAACUAACCUGAUGGGACACAGGAAACCCCACAAACCAGCCACACAGAAGACUCCUACUGACUCUAGGAAUUGAAUAUUUGUAUUUAUCAUUGGUUGUGCCCUAAUCAAGUUCCAGGUUAAAAUGUGUGAAUAUUUAUUCAGAUGGCGUUUAGGCUCAUACAAGGAUGGUGUUUCAGGGUGUUAGAGUUCUCUGUUUAUGGGAGACACUUCUGCUGGUAGGCAGGGUUUGAUUGGGAUCAUCUGAAUUGGAAGUAACCAAACCUGUACUCGUAAUUUAGCAAUAAUUAAAUUGCUGUGAAAUGUACUAAUACUGUAUAUAAUGCUUAACCUGUGCUGGAAACAGUAACCUAUGCAACAGUGAUAGUACAGCGAGGCACACUACGCUCCACGACUGACAAUAGGAGGCUCCUUAGCACCCAGCACAGAAGUUACAGGCAUUCUCACCAAGCACAUGUACAUUUUAAGAGUCAUAAAAACCCAAAGGGUGAACAGAAAAAUCAGCUCAAAAUUCCCCAAAUGAAAACUCAAAAUUUCCAGCAUUUAGUGAGAUGUUUUGGCUGUAAGGCAAGAAGAGAGUGUAGCCAUUUGUUUGGCUAAAAGAAACUCCCAUCAGGGUUGGCAAAAGAGAGAGAGAGAACAACUUGCUUAGUUGGUGCUACUUUAGUGAAUCAGUGGUAUUUGCACUAUGUGGCCUCUAACAGAGUCCUCAAGGGAAUAGCUAUACAAGAAUAAGAAAUUCUUUAUUAUGAAUGGGCAUUUUCAAAUUGUUGCACUCUCUGCAGAGGUCAAAAUGGGCGUAGGAUAAAGUAAAUGUUGUUCAUUAUGGGCAUAAGUGUUAGUCAUUGAUGGCUCUUGUUUCAUUAACUAAACACCUGACAUCCCCAUUGUUCUUUUCUCACUGUUCUAAAACUGAUCGAUGUCUGUAGAAUGUGUCAUAAUGCAAAUAAAAGUUGUCUUGUAGCCAAA